CAAUGCUAUGCAACUCUAUGUCUAGAAUUAGAAAAAUAUUCAAUAUGCUCAGUUGGUCUAACUAAUUAUAAACUGGGUGGUUCGAGCCCUGAAUGCUGAUUGGCUGAAGCCCGUGGUAUAUCAGGCUGUAUACCACGGGUAUGACAUGUAUUUUUAAUGCUCUAAUGACGUUGGUAACCAGUUUAUAAUAAAGCACCUCGGGGGGUUGUGGUGUAUGGCCAAUAUACCACGGCUGCCUGCUAUGGCGGACGCACGGUCUACUCAGCAUGUAAGGGCUGUAUCCAGGCACUCCGCGUUGCGUCGCGAAAUAAUAACAGCCCUUAGCCGUGGUAUAUUGGACCUAUACCACACCUCUCGGGCCUUAUUUCUUAAAUAUAUGGCUCUGGGCACAGGUGUUUAUUAAAAAUGCACAGGCCACAAGGACGCUAUCAAGUGUGAUACUGUAACCUCAAACACUUUUUUGUUGUUGGUGGCAACUAGGCUACACCCUGUUGCUGCACUGUUUACAAUAAAAGCUAUUUCUAACCCAAUACAUGUGUUGUGAACUGCCACUAAUCGAGGAUGAUGAUAGGAAAUAAAAGGCGCAGGGGGGCGUAAGGAAUUGAAGGAGAAGCGUGGUCCUGGGGAAAGAGGAUCAAGGACACGCAACAGCCCUAGGGUUGUAUUUGGAACAGACCAAGUGACAAUGCACCUGCUGGCACCAGAGAGAAACAUAUACUUCGAUUGCCAACUGAGCCACACCUUAAGAGCAAAAGCACCGCGUAGCCUACUUUACGCCGAAACUCUGGUUACCGAGUGAGAUAGUGUCACGGUCAGAAAAUAGUCUAGUCAAAUCAGUUGAGGGACACAAGUAGACUUUGUUUAUUCAUGAUUUAUUUCACGACCGUAAGAAGGAAAACAUUAGCCUGAAAAAAACGUUAAGACCUAGUGUACACCUGCACGUUGAUUGGAUCGUAACUGAAACCUCCCCAGCAGACCCUGACUGGAGUGAUGUCGUCGUGACAAUGGUUGGCAGGGAAGUCACCUUACCCUGUGUUGAUUGGCCUCUCACGGGCUCUGUGAGCAUUAAUUGGAAGAUGAAGUCUCCCGGGGUGGACCACUGGAAACUGGUCCUCUCAGCCAAUGAGAGGCAGCAGUUCUCGGGCGCAGCCUCAAAGGCUUCCAUGCGAUUGGUUGACUCAAACUUUCAGGAAACUGGGGACUUCUCUCUACUGUUUGUCCCCAAAAUGGAGGACAAGGGUCGCUACUCCUGUCUGAUUAAACAGCAAGAGAAGAAACUGAGAGAGAAGAUCAUACUAUUAGCCAUCCUCACAGUCUCUAUCUUUCCUUCAGCCACUCUCCCUCACCACAGCACACUGCGUCUGAUGGCAGAAGUGUCCCCCGCCUCCGCCGUUUCUGAGGUAACCUGGCUGUCCCCUGGUGGGACGCCACUACGAUUGGCAAGGAGGUCAGGGGGGGGUGUUGCCAAGCUGCCCCAGAUACGCCUCACUGACCAGGGGGUAUACAUCUGCCAGGUAUACCCAAGGGGUAACAGCAGCUCCCCUAUGUUCCCCUUCACUGUGGACCUCCGCGUGGAUGGUAUGAAUGUGGCCUCGUUCACCAAUAUAAGCCAUAGUGCUCAGAUCUCUAUGGCCAGUCUCACCCAGACCCCUCUCACCCUCGCCUGCCCUCCGAUGCGGGGCGACUAUGUCCUGCUCUAUUGGAAGCCUCCAGACAGCAGAAACAUUAACACCACAACCCUGGUCUACAGGUACGACCGCUGGAGGGACCACACAGAGCAGAGCAAGACUCAUGCCCAGCUGAGCCUGGACGGGCCAUUGUCUACCCCAAAAGAGGGUUUCUUCUCCUUCCUGCUGAGCCCGGGGCUGAAUGACGGAGGCCUCUACAUGUGUGAGGUCUUCCUCAAUGACAACGCGUUCAGCCAGAGGACCCUACUUAGCAUCCUCCAAGUGAAAGCCAGACAUUCUCCAUCAGCCCUGGUCCUGACCUGUCAUUAUACAGAGCGCUCCCAGGUGAAGCGGGUGGUGUGGAGCCACCAGAACCAGAGUCGCACGCUGAAGUGGAGCUCCUCUGGCCCGGGUCGCCUCAGCACAGAGGUCCCCCUGUUCCCCACCCAGAACACGGCUGGGAACUACACCUGCACCAUGCAGCUGCAGAACGGACAAGUGGUCAAGGCAGUUUACACCGUCAAACUGCCCCCGAAAGACAACACAGAGAGCACUACUUCUAUCUCUCCUCCUCACCCAGAGAGCAACAGUGCCUCGCUCCUUCCCUCCCUCCUCUCUGCUUUAUUACUCCUGGUGCCCCUGGUUGCCGCGGCUGCUGGUGUGUUGCUAUGGAGACAGAAAGACAUUUCUCGCCGUGGUAUUGAACAGUCUCUCUCCCGCUGCUCUGGGGAAGUGGAAAAUAUCUAUGAGAAUCCUGAGGAUGUCAGACAGACUUCUCCUCAGAGUUCAGUGUACAUGGACCUGAAGCCCAGAGGGGAGGAUGAUGUCUAUGAGGAAUUGGAUCGAUACAAAUCAUGCAGCCUUCUGGAGACCUCCACAUCGCAGGAUUUAUCAGCAAAAGCUUGAAGCAAUAUUAUCUCUCCUCUGUUCAGUAUAUGGACAUUUACAGUGCCUUGACUUUUUCCACAUUUUGUUGUGUUACAGACUGAAUUUAAAUGGAUUACAUUGAGAUUUUAUGUCACUAGCCAACACACAAUACCCAAUAAUGUCAAAAUGAAAUUAAUAAAAAUGAAAAGCUGAAAUGUCUUGAGUCAAUAAGUAUUCAACCCCUUUGUUAUGGCAAGCCUGAAUAAGUUCAGGAGUAAAAAUGUGCUUAACAAGUCACAUAAUAAGUUGCAUGGACUCACUCUGUGUGCAAUAAUAGUGUUUAAAAUCUAAAAUAUGUUUGGAUUUGUUUAACACUUUUUUGGGUACUACAUGAUUCCAUAUGUGUUAUCUCAUAGUUUUGAUGUCUUCACUACUGUUCUACAAUGUCAAAAAUAGUACAAAUAAAUUAAAACCCUUGAAUGAUUAGGUGUGUCCAAACUUUUGACUGGUACUGUAUAUGUAAAAUGGAAUAGAGCUAAGCACAGGCAAAAUCCUAGAGGAAAACCUGGUUCAGUAUGCCUUCCAACAGACACUGGGAGACAUUCACCUUUCAGUAGGACAAUAACCUAAAACAUAAGACCAAAAAUACACUGUUGCUUACCAAAAUGACAUUAAAUGUUUCUGAGUGGCCUAAUUACCGUUUUGACAUAACUCGGCUUGAAAAUCUAUGGUAAGACUUAAAAAUGGCUGUUUAGCAAUGUUCAACAACCAACUUGACAGCGCUUGAAGAAUUUUAAAAAUAAUAAUGUGCAAAUAUUGUACAAUCUCUGCCCAGCAGUAAUUGCUGCAUAAGGUGAUUCUAAUGUGUAUUGACUCAGGGUUAUGAAUACUUAUGUACAUUUCUGUAU